AUGAACCCCACAGAUGUAUCAGACACCACCCAGGACGAAAAUGCGUACAACAGUUACUACCACGACACAAACAUGCCCAAACCUUGCACCAAGGAAGGUAUCAAGGCCUUUGGGGUGCUCUUCCUGCCUCCUCUUUAUUCCUUGGUCUUUCUGUUGGGUCUGUUUGGAAAUUCCAUUGUAGUUCUGGUAUUGUUCAAGUACAAGAGACUCAAGUCCAUGACCGACGUGUACCUGCUGAACCUUGCCAUCUCAGAUCUGCUGUUUGUUCUUUCGCUCCCGUUCUGGGCCUACUACGCAGCUGACCAGUGGGUUUUUGGAUUGGGUCUGUGCAAGAUUGUUUCGUGGAUGUACCUGGUGGGCUUUUACAGUGGCAUCUUCUUCAUCAUGCUCAUGAGUAUCGAUAGGUACCUGGCCAUCGUGCACGCGGUGUUCUCCUUGAGAGCGAGGACUCUGACCUAUGGGGUCAUCACCAGCUUGGUCACGUGGUCAGUGGCUGUGUUCGCCUCCCUUCCGGGCCUCUUGUUCAGCACUUGCUACACAGAGCACAAUCGCACAUACUGCAAGACCAAGUACUCAGUCAACUCGACGACCUGGAAAGUCCUCAGCUCCCUGGAGAUCAACGUCCUGGGGCUGGUCAUCCCGCUCGGGAUCAUGCUGUUCUGUUAUUCCAUGAUCAUUCGGACCCUGCAGCACUGCAAGAACGAGAAGAAGAGCAGGGCCGUCAGGAUGAUCUUCGCUGUGGUGGUCCUCUUCCUCGGCUUCUGGACGCCGUACAACGUGGUGCUUUUCCUGGAGACUCUGGUGGAGCUUGAGGUCCUUCAGAACUGCACCUUGCAGAGGUUCCUAGACUACGCCAUCCAGGCCACAGAGUCCCUGGCCUUCAUCCACUGCUGCCUCAACCCCGUCAUUUACUUCUUUCUCGGGGAGAAAUUCCGAAAGUACAUCGCCAAGCUCUUCAGAACGUGCCGGGGUCCUCUUGUGCUCUGCCAAUACUGUGACUUCCUUCAGCUCUACUCAGCUGACACCCCCAGCUCCUCUUACACGCAGUCCACUGUGGAUCAUGACCUCCGGGACGCUUUGUAA